GGUACUGAAUACUGAGCGUCGUGAAUAGUGGAACUUAAUUUCUUGAAAAAUUAACAUAUUUAAGUUAAUAUUUUUAUCAGAUUAUGUUUUAACUCGAAUGUAAUCAGUGAAUAAUAAUUUUAAAACGGUCCUCAAUAGUUUAAUCUGUCUUGUUUGCAUAAAUCGAGCAUAGUGAGAUAUAAUGGCGCGUGGAUGACGGCUACAUAGGGUCCCAUUUCGGAACAAAAUAGGACUUUGGUCGAAGAUUGCUCAGGCGUUGGGAAUAUUAAAUAAUGUAUUUGCAACGGUUUAUUGUGUAGUUCCUAAAAAAGUGAUUUUUGCAUUUUUAGAGCAAGACAGUGACAAGUAAAAAAGAAAAUUAAGUUUUCGAUCCUGUGACUGAGGAAAACAUGCAUAUCUAUACAUAUGAACGAGCGAUACUCGGUUGUUGAGUGCUCUAUUCGCAUUUACCAUUUUAUUUAUUGAUAAAUAUGCGAUAUUUCAUAUUUUCGAUAUAAAUAUUAUAACCGACAUUUUCGGCUCGACAUCAUUGCGUCAAACUGGCGUAUGGCGGUUUGAUUGCUUGUUAUUAAAAUGGAGGAAUGCGAAGAUGUAAGUUCUGAGGAUUUGAGCUAUUCUAAUAGUUUCUCACUUGUAAAAAUGAAACCAAAGAAGCGAUCAUUAGUUGAAAGAGAAUUGGAGACAAAUCUAACAACGAGAAUCACUUCUCCAGUCACUAACAGUGAAGCUACAAGUACUAGCCGAUAUGGCCGAGCUAGGAAAUUAAAAUCGGAGUCUGAAGUAAGCGAUACCGAAAAAAUAAAUCCCAAAUUAAUUUCUCCCAAGUUCGACAAAUCUCCAAGUAGACAAGUAGCAGCAUAUAAAAUGCAUGCAUCAAAUUCACCAGUGAAAACGGAGAAGUUGGAUGCGCUUGACAAUCAAAUUGAAAAUAUUUACAAUGAAAACAUACUGCUUAGCCGUUUUGGUUCUACUGAGAAGAAGCAUCCAUCCUCUGCCAAAAAGCAGCCUAAAAUCUACAUACGAAAAGACUUGAUACAAACAAAAGAGAAGGAGGAAACGGUUAUGCUAAUAAAGAACAUGUUUUCACCGUCAAAGGAAACUCUUAAAGCAGAAUCAAAUGAAAAAUCAGCUCCAAAGAAAGGACGUAGUAGUGCUGAUUUGUCAUCUGUUGUUAAGACCUUAGAUUUCGAUAGCAAUAAAAAGAAAAAGAAGGAUGUACAAGAGAAAAGAAUGUCGCAGAGUGAUCUCUUUGAGUUGGAGGCACAAUGCGAAUAUCAAGUUGGUGAUUUGGCAUGGGCCAGAAUGGGUACAUAUCCGUUUUGGCCAUGUAUGGUUACUAGAGAACCCAUAAGCUUGAUGUUUAUCAAAAAGAAGUUAUAUGGAAGACUGGAAAAAGAUAUAAUACAUGUGACGUUCCUUGGAGAUAACGGAAGACGAGGUUGGAUAUUGGAGACCAUGCUGAGGAAGUAUCAGGGACUACAGGAGUUUGAGGCCACGAGAGAUCAGUUCACAUCUGAGGCAAAAAGAAAAGAUCCAAGACUGUUUGCAGCAUUUUUCAUCACAGAGAAGCGGCUUCCAUAUUGGUAUACAUCUGUAGAAGAAGCAGACAUUCUCUUUAAAGAACCUAAAAGACUUAGAAUAGAUGCUCUAAAUGCUAUGAUUGAUAAGUCCAAGAGUAAAGUAACUCCAGCCAAAAGUAAAAAGAUAACUAGAACAAACAGUGAUGUCUCUCUCAGUGAAAGUUUAUACGACAGCUUAUUUUCAGAAGACGAUUGUAAGAAUUCCGAUUCUGAAUCCACCAGGAGUAAGAGCAGGAAUAAAUCUUUCGAUGUUUCCGACGUUGUAACUGCGUGUCUCGACAAUAUGGCCGCCAAAACAGGAAUUACGAAAAUACAAAAACAAUCGCACAUGGAUAGGUGGUUGCAAAAGGCGAAAUCGAAUACGCCAGAGAAACCCCAGAUCAAACCUCAAAUCAAGUCUGAGAGGAAAUCAAAGUUUACUAAAUCAAAAAUUGUGACGCCUAAUGAACAAAAGAGAUAUAGCUUACGUCUUUCUAAUCAGGAUUCUGAUAAUGAAGUUAAAUUAUUAGCACAUCACACUGAACAUGAUUAUACCCAGUCUACUCUAACAAAUGGUCAUAUCAUAAUUGAUGAAAUUGAUCUCAUUGAUAGUGGCAGUAAUUUGAGCCAUGAAUCUUUUGAGCCCGGUAGUGGUAUUGGAGUUAUUUCUAAAGUUGAAACUCUUGCUGGUCAAGAAACUAAAAAUAAUGAGUGUGAUAGCAUAGCUUUAGGACUAGAUCAAUGUGAUGAGGAAAAUGCUGUAAUCGAAGUUAUAACAAAUGAAGACACUAAUGUAGAAUCAUAUGACAUUAAUGAAUAUACAAAAUUAGAUCAAGACAAAAUAACUGUUGAAUCAAAUAGUUUAGAAGACAAUAAUCAUGAAGAAAACUGUGAUAAUUUAAAAGCAGAGGUAAAUCAAGAUGCAAGUGAUAAAAUUAUUGUUAAGAAUUCUUCCAACACAGAAAAUGACAAAGACAUAUCAGAAAGUAAAUCAAAUGAAGAAAAUCAUACGGAAAAUGUAAAUGAAAAUAUUAUGUGUAAUGCAUCUACAUCAGUUAUUAUUAAUGAUGAUGAAGAUGAUGUUUCUAUGCAGGAUAUUUCUACCCAGGAACAAGAAUCUACAGUAACACUAAGAGAUCACAAUAACAUAGGAGAUGAUAAAAUUGUAAAUAGAAAAGAUAGUGUUGAACCUGAAUCAGAGGGCAAUAAUGAUCUUGUUAUCAAUGCUUCAAAAAUAAUAAAUAAUGACAUAAUAUUACCUCUAGAAAAUGACGAAAUGAAUGCUACAUUAUGUGCAAAAGAUACAAUUACUGAUAAUAUAACAUUAAAUCAUGAAGAAAGUGUUAUUGAAAGCAUGGACGUAGACGAAAAAGAUAUAGAAAAUGUACCUACUAGUAAUGAUUUAAAUAAUGGUGUUACUCAGGAAGAAAGAGAAAUUAAUAAUCAUGGACAAAAUGAAGUUGGAGUUAUAAGUAAUGGUGAAGAUAUAGAGCCUGAGAUGCUUUCAGAGAAUGAAAGUGGUUGUGAGCUUAAUAAGGAAAGUCUGAAAGAAAAAUCAGAAAUUGAGCAAGCUAAUGCUAAUGAAACUACAAAUGGGGCACCAUUAGAAGAUACUAACAAUCACGAUAUUGUACAAAAUGAACAUCUUGAUCAAGGAAACGAGUCCGAAAACACUGAAGAAGAUGAACCUAUAAUAAAAUAUACAAAAACAAGUUCAUUAGUCGAAGUAAAUGGUCUCAAUUGUUCAGAAUUUUUGAAAUAUGUAGAACAAAAACAAGAUUCCGUGAUUGACGAACAUCCUGAACUAUCGCCUGAGGAAAUUACUACGUAUUUAUAUAAAACAUGGCAAUACGAAGAAAGUUUAAAAACAGACAGAAAGAAAUUGGACGAUAUUGAACAAUCUAACUUGGUGAAAGGCCUAAAAAGUUCGCCGUCUGUGAAAAAAAGACGUAAAAGAGUAUUAAAUUUAAAAUCACAUAAGAGUAAGCAAACUUUGAUUAAUUUUCAAACUGUACCAAAAAGCAAUAAUAGUGUAAUAGAAAAGGAUGACAAACUUAUCAAAGAAAACUAUACAGUUUCUAAUGAGAAAGCAAUUCAAAAUGUAGAUACAGUUUUAAACAAUGGUAUUGAAUUUGAAUGCAAUAUGGAUACUUCAUUAGAUACUGAAGAAAUAAUCCACGAAAAAACAAAUAAAAAUAUUUCGCCAGAUGCCAUAAAUAAUGAUACUUUGAGUGUUGGGAAUGAGGGGACUUCAAAAGGUUAUAAUGUGAAUAUAGCUUCAGAUAUUGAAGAUUCAAAUAGUGAAUUCUCUGAGGUAGAAAUAUCUAAAAAAGAAUUGGACGAAAAAAUAAAAGAAAAUAAUCAACUAAGUGUCAAAAUAAAUGGUAAUGACAUAAAUGGCUCUGAAUCAGAUAGUGAUUGCGAAACUAUGGAAGCUGCGUGUAGUAUUGUUUCUGUAUUAUCCAAUGAGAAAGUUCAAAAGAAAACUUUUAAAGAUGAUUUGGAUGACGCAGAAUCUGCAAGUGAUUGCGAAAUGAGCGAAGCUGCAGGCAGCACUAUUACUGCCAUUUCAAGUGAAGAAAUUCAAAACGAAGAUGUAAUCAAAAUAGAUCCUGAUACUUUAUCACUUAAAUCGGAAAGCAGCGAAGUUUCAGUCUCUAAAAGAAAAUUACGCACCAAAGAAAAAACAUUAGAUCCUAAGGCAUUAAUGGAAAAUCCAGAAUUUUUAAAGUACUUGGAAUUACGACAGGAUGCACUUAUGGAGGAAAACCCUGAGCUAACACAAGAAGAAAUAACCAAUUAUCUUUAUAACACUUGGUUAUAUGAAGAAAGUUUGAAAACAGACAUAAAGAAAACGGAUGAUAUUGACCAAGCUAAUUUAGUGAAAGGUCUGAAUCAAGAACCCGCGCCUGUGAAAAGAGUUCGAAAGAAGAAAGAAAAAGAUUAUACUACCUUCAGUUCUAGUACAUCGACGACAACAACUGAAGAAAUUAUCCCAAAAGAAAAAUCUAAGAGAAGGACAGAGAGGCAGUUUUACAAAGAGGACUUUUCAGAUUACGAAGAUGAAAUUGAAUUGUUUGAAAUUUUUAAGACAAAACCUAUAACAAACAUAAAAUCAGAAGAAAUUAAUGCACCUUCUAGUUCAAUGGAAGUAAAUGGAGAUGUACACAAAAAGACUGAAGACAAUUUCGUUACUGAAGAUAUCUUAUAUGAAGAAGUAGACCAAUUUGACGAAGUCGAAGAAUAUUUUAGACAGUUGACUGAGCCCAAGCCAAAUAUAUUCAAAGGUUUAAUCAGGGAAAAAGUGUGUGAAGUAUGUGAAAGAACUGGAAAUUUAGUUAAGUGCAAAGGUUGUUGUGGCAUGUUCCACGUGGAUUGUGUCAAGAAAGUUGUCGAAAUAAUUGAAUCGCCCCAACCUAUUAGAGGAAGAAAGAAAAAACGGAAGAAUCGAGGCAGAAAACCCAAAGGAAUAGACGAUUCUAACGACGACCACAGUGACGAUAAAUCGCAAGAUCACAAUAAUUCUGAAGAAAUGCUAGAUUACGAGCUGGAUUCGCAUACAAUACCGAACGCGGAUGAAUUCGAAGCGAAAUUAUCAGCUAAAUUGAAAGAAAUGAUCGAAAACCCAGAAACAAAAUACGACUCUAACUCAAGCGAUGAAGAACUAAAUUGGAGCGACACAGACGUCGGUAAAUGUAAAGUUGUAGACAUCAUACCUCGUAAGAAGAAAACCGAAGUGUCGAAUUACGACGAUUUCAAGUGUAAAAACUGCGAACAGCACACCACACCUGUUUGUUUUGUAUGUAAGAGUGACAUAUCUCCGAAACAGAAGAUCGAAAAGAGACAAAAAUGCCAAGUAGCGCAUUGCAAUCAAUACUACCACUUAGAAUGUUUGGAACAUUGGCCGCAGACCCAAUUUAAUUCUGGAGAACCUUCUAGAAACAGCAAAAAACAAAAUGAUUAUUCGGAAGCCCUAUCUUGUCCUCGUCAUGUGUGCCACACGUGUGUGUGUGAUGACCCCCGAGGGUGUAAGACGAGAUUCUGUGGGGAUAAAUUAGCUAAGUGUGUGCGGUGUCCAGCUACAUACCAUACAUUUACGAAAUGCCUGCCAGCUGGUACACAGAUUUUGACCGGUUCACACAUUAUUUGUCCGAGGCAUUAUGAGCAUAGGCCUGGUAAAGUUCCCUGUCAUGUAAAUACAGGGUGGUGUUUUAUAUGUGCAUUGGGAGGAUCACUAAUUUGCUGUGAAUAUUGCCCCACUUCAUUCCAUGCUGAGUGCCUUAAUAUUAAACCUCCUGAGGGAGGCUAUAUGUGUGAAGAUUGUGAGACUGGUUGCCUGCCGUUGUAUGGAGAAAUGGUGUGGGUCAAAUUGGGUCAUUAUAGGUGGUGGCCGGGCCUCAUCCUGCAUCCAUCAGAAAUUCCAGAAAAUAUUAUGGCCGUGAAACAUUAUCCUGGCGAAUUUGUGGUUCGAUUCUUUGGCCAGUAUGAUCACUACUGGGUGAAUAGAGGCAGGGUGUUCCCGUUUCAAGAGGGUGACACGGGCAAAAUAUCUAGUAAGAACUCAAAGAUAGACGCCGCGUUCGCGAUGGCGGUCGAACACGCACAACGAGCGUAUGAAAUUAUAAAGAACUCACCCCCCUCCAACGAGGGUGACUCAGACAUAGCAUCAUCCCUCCUCCCCCCACACUAUAUAAAGCUGAAAGUCAACAGGCCGUUAGGGUCCCUGGCCAAUAGACGGAACGAUGAAGAGGGCUCGCUGACGGCAUGUGAAUGUGACCCCAAUCUGAGCCAGCCGUGUGGACCUUACUCGCAUUGUCUCAAUAGGAUGCUGCUAACGGAAUGUGGUCCAACAUGUCGGGCGGGCGACCGCUGCAACAACAGGGCCUUCGAAAAGCGCGAGUACCCGCGCAUGGAGCCCUACAGGACACACGCGAGGGGCUGGGGGCUUCGCACGCUCGAGGACAUCAAGGCUGGUCAAUUCGUGAUAGAGUACGUAGGAGAAUUGAUCGAUGAAGAAGAGUUUCAGCGCAGAAUGAGAAGGAAGCACGAAGUUAGAGAUGAGAAUUACUACUUUCUCACUCUGGAUAAAGAGAGAAUGAUUGACGCCGGGCCUAAGGGGAAUUUGGCUAGGUUCAUGAACCACUCGUGCGAUCCAAAUUGUGAAACACAAAAGUGGACUGUACUCGGCGAUGUUAGAGUUGGAUUAUUUGCUUUAUAUGAUAUACCUGCCAAUAGCGAAUUAACGUUCAACUACAAUCUAGAGAGUGCGGGCAUUGAGAAGAAAAGAUGUAUGUGCGGAACCAAACGGUGUUCUGGCUUCAUGGGGGCUAAGCCUAAACAGGAUGAAUCUCAAGCAAAGAAGAAGGCGGCGAAACGUACGUACAAAAAGCGGAAACCAGAACCGCGGAUAGAACUAUCGCCCACGACAAGCCAAAAUAAAACGAAACGGGGAAAACCGAAAAAUAGAGAACUUACAGAAAUAGAAAAAGAUCUUUUAAUAAUAAAAAGUGCGACAAACGGUAUCUCGAGUGACUCUGAGGGUAGUUGUAGAUUAAAUAGCAUAGAUAGUGUCAAUUCGUUUAAAAGAAAAAGACUAAAUGAUGAUAUAAGUGAUGUAACUUCACCGACAACGAAAAAAGCCAAACAUGAACACAAGAAUUAUGACGUCGAUUGAGAGAAUUCAAAUUUGGAAUCUUCGAAAUGCAAGGAAACAGUUGCGAGUUUAAAUUUUGAAUCGAAUCGUUUAAAAUUCGAAUUAAAAAUGGAACUGUUUUAGAAUGUUCGUGUAAAAAGUGCCUGUGUUGUGCAUUUGAAUAUCGGAUGUGAUGUGAUUUAAAUAUAGAACUUGCGCGAACUUUUAUAAAUAGAACGGAAAUUAUUAAGUGCCUCUUUGUCUCGAGAAUUGAAUUUCGAAUGUGAUUUGAAUUUGGAAUAAUCGAACUAUCAUGAAUAGAAGAAGUUAAAGUGCCUCAUUGUGUUCUUGAGAUACUUUUGAAUUUCGAAUUAAUGAUUCGAAAAUGAAACUUAGACGUUAAAAACUUUGAAAAUAGAAGUUUUAAUGCAUGUUUGUGUUCUAAGCAGUGUUGAAUGAUUGUUUAUGAAUUGUGAAUACUUCUGUUUAUUAACCGACUUCCAAAAAAGGAGGUUAUAUUUUAUUAAAGUGUUAAUCAAAUACCCAGUUGUGCAAUUUAUAGAAAAACUAAGGAUUCGUAAUAUUUCUUUUCUUUCCUUUCUUGUCUUUGAAAAACUGGUUUAAAUUUGUUUUUAAGCUGACCAAUAUAUUUUAACAUGGAGCUAAAAAAAUGCCCACUAACUGACUAGCAGGAUCAAAAACUAUUUUAAAUCUAUGAAAAAAUAAUGUUAAAUUGUGCCUAAAAUUGACUAGUCAUGAGAAAAACAUAAGUGAAAUAGAAUUAUUAUGAGAAAUAACAAUUUUUUGAACAUAACAUAAAAUUAUAAUAUAGUAAAGAAUAUAAUAGUUCUUGAAGUGAAACUUCUUUUGAGAGUAAAAUUUCAAGUUGCGUCAUGGCAAUACCGUCACGUCAUGGAGUAACGACGAUUUUGGUUUUUUUGAAUCCCGAAGAAGUUUCACUUCUGACACGUGUGCGCUGCUUUUUUUUAUCAUCACACAGAUUGCAUCUCAAUCUCGCUUCCAAUUAAAUAAUAAGUUUUGUUAUUACAAAUCUCUAUAUUGCCUUAAAUCACAGAUCACAGUAAACUAGAUAUACAUUCAAAGUUGUUAUAAAACUUAAGUAAUUUUAACUAAAUUUAAUAAUAGUAAUAAUUUUUUUGUGAAACUGACGUGCAUUCGCGACAACGGUUAAGAUCAGACUGAAUCAAAUUAAGAGCUUUGCACUUAAUUGACACACAUAAAAGUGACACGGUGGGUAUAUCUAGUUUAUUUAUUUAAAUAAAUAAAAUAAAUUUAUUAUAAUAUAUAAUAUAAUAUAAUAAUAAAUAUUUAAAUAAAUAAACUAGAUAGUUAAACAUAAGCUUUGUGAUUUAAAGCAACCCUAUUGUAUGCCAAAAUAUGAUAAUAAUUCUAAUAUACUGCCAUUUUAACUCGAAUUUUGUUUUAAAAAUAGUACUUUAAUCAUUUCUCCUGUAUUUACCCCUUACUUAGUCUAAUAUUUAAGUACGUAAAAUUGAUUAAAAACAUAAAGGAAAUAUAAAUCUUAGUAUUGUAGAAAAUCGCCCAAAGUUGACGUAUUUCGGGUCCAUUAAAAUGGAGAAAUGUAAAAGUAUCAUGAAUUAUAUUAUAACAUGUAAAUAUUUAGUUUUAUAGCAGCUGGCUGGAUGAAUAAAACUUGUAUAUA